AUAAGUUAGUUGAUCUUUCUCUGUUUGGACUGUUCCCUUCUUUUCAAUUCCCUCACCAAACGCUGUUGAUGUGUUCAAAUGUGUACAGAAACUUUUUGGAGGAAAAAAAAAGUCAGCAUUAAUUUAAUAAUUGUAGACCAAUUAAUUAAGAUGAAUGCUUGGGCAGGGAAGGCAGGCCGGCCGUGAUAAAGGGCCAGCCCCAUGCCAGUUGCGAAUUAGAAGUACCACUCUGCUUAUAGUUGGGUCGUGGGGCGGGUUGAGGUUCAACAUAUAAUAUAUUAUGUAAUGAAAGUAUAGAUAUAGGGGGGUUGGCAGACCAGUAAUGGCAUUAGAUGAAUCGAAAAACUGGUUUGUACCGGACCAAAAUCAUCUGGGUCUCCGCGUUGCCCACUUUCUUUGACUGUAAAUUUUCUCUUCAAUUCGCGUUCUAGAUAUUUCUGGGUAUGGUGUGUUCUGACCCUGUUGUCGGUUAUCGGAGAUUUGUCGAUUUCCGGGGCGAAUUCUUCUGUGGAUUGGCAUUUUCAGGCGGUUGCGAAGGGUGACCGGUGCGUGCGAACUGGGAAGGACCUGGGAUUUUCUAAUGUCAUCGGAGAUGAUCGGAGGAGGAUCGGCGAUGCCAUUCCUAUUUCGAUGCGUUGAGCAGGGGGAAGUUUUUAGCACACCCACGCAUCGGUUGAAGCAUCUGUUAAUCUGUUGAUCCUUUUUUAAUCUUUUUCCUCCCUAUAUUUUCGCAAUACGAAAUAAUUUGCCUUGGUUCUUUCAUGUAUCAAGUACCUCAAAUCUUCUAUUUUAUUUUCAUAAAAAACCAACACGGUUACACUACCUACCCGCCAGCUCAUUCACCUGGGGAAUGUUUCCCUGAUCUGUUCCCGAACUCCCACAUAAUUCCUUUAUAAUCUGCUCCUUUGGCUCUUUGUUAUUUUGUGUUCUGUUCUAGAUUUGCUUCUCUUCAAUUUUGUUAUUCCCAGUUGUGUUUCUCCCUCAAUGGGUUGCGCAAGUUCGAAGCAAUCUCGGUGCCGGCACUGCCGGAACAACUAUUCACCCGUGCCCCGUAGCUAUUCGAUGCAUGUCCGCCACCCGCCGGAGGGCCACAGCGAUAGCUACCAUGUGGUUGCGCUCACUUCCACCACAUUGGGAUCUCUCGGGCUGGCCACCUCCAAUCCCAACAUUCGCGUCCAUGGCACCACCAUUGUUGAGGAUGACGGUAAGGAGAAUUGUGAUGAUGCUGCCGCCAUUAAAGGGGACAACAAAAGCAAGGAUUUCUCAUUGGGGGUUAUUGAAGCCAAGACAUGGUCUAAUAUGAUCAAUGAGAAGAUCCCCAAGAUGAUUCCGAAGACCCCAAUUCGAACACCUCCCGGCGAACCGGAGACUAUCAAUGCUUGGGAAUUGAUGGAAGGCCUUGAAGAUAUUAGUCCUCUACGUCCCCAGAGUCAUGUGAGGAGCUUCUCAUUUGGGUUUGUUCCAAAUCCAAAUCAAAUUCAGAAUCCAAUUCCAAUGCCAACAUUCUUCGAAAAGCCUAAAUCCAAACUACAAGAGAGUGGGAGAGAAUCCCCAAAGCCCUUGUGGCUGCAGAUGGAUGACAAUGAAGUUGAUCCAAAUUUGAAAAGUGUUGUUGCAGAAUUUGAUCCUGAUGUCAUUUCCACAUUCAGGAAAGCACUCGAAGAGCUCUCCCCAGCGAAGCAGAUUCCCCCAAAGCCACAGGAUUACUUAAAGCCACAUGUCAUGGCUAAUAUCGAGCACAAAUUGGAAAGCGUUGAUACAAAGAAUGUAAAUGGAGAUGUAACCCCGUUCAAAUUUCCAAUGCAUAGGAAGAACAAGAUAGUAGUAUACUUCACAAGUCUCAGAGGGGUGAGGAAGACAUACGAGGACUCUUGCCGUGUUAGAGUGAUUUUAAAAGGAUUGGGCCUUCGUGUCGACGAGAGGGAUGUAUCGAUGCACUCGGGGUUCAAGGAAGAGCUAAGGGAGCUAAUGGGGGAGGGGUUCUCCGGGGGCAGCCUGCCUAGAGUGUUCGUUGGGGGAAGGCACAUUGGCGGGGCGGAGGAGAUUCGGAGAAUGAACGAGGAAGGGCAGCUAGAAAAAGUGUUGGAAGGAUGCGAAAUGGUGGACGAUGGGGGGGACAGUGGCCGGGUUUGUGAGGGAUGUGGUGACGUAAGGUUUGUGCCAUGUGAGACAUGUUCUGGUAGCUGCAAGGUCUAUUAUGAUUAUGAUGAUGAAGAAGAAGAAGAAGAAGAAGAAGAAGAAGAAGAAGAAGGAGAGGAAGAGGAGGAUGAUGGGGAUGAGUGUGGAUUUCGACGCUGCCCGGAUUGCAAUGAGAAUGGGAUCAUACGCUGUCCCAUUUGCUGUGAUUAAGAUUCAGUGGCGUAGCGAAGAUUUUUGAACCAUUUUUUUGGGCUUGUUUUUGUGAUUUUAGUCCCGAGUUGUUCAUUGUACAGUGGGGAGUUGAGUUAUUGAUGUGUUGUUUCUAAGGGGAGAUUCAUCCCAAAAAAAAAAAAAACACACCUGUAGGGAACAUGGUGAAUACUGAAUAAUGUGUUCUUUGUAGGUUCUCCCUACCCUGUUCAUGAUUUGUUAAGGGCCUGUAUACCUUUUGGUGGCAUGUUUGAGCCAAAAAAUAUUUAUAGAGAAUGUUUGUAUA